GCGGCCAUGUUGGAGCAGCGGAGGCGGCGCAGAGGCGCGUCCUGGGUCCCCGCGGCGGCGCCGGUGCCGAGCGCUGGUUUGUGGAUACCCAGGCAGAUCUGCAGUGCCUAAUGCCAUGAGCGUGGUGCAGCAUGUGGAGGAGAAAGCUGUGCACUCCUGGUCGCGGAUCUCCACGGCAGGGAAGAAGGCCCUGGAGGAGGCGCUGCUUGUCUUUAACCCCAUGAGCCAGGAUCUCAGUGCCACAGAGGCCCAGCUUGUAGCCUUCCUGCAGGGCCUGCGGGAUGAUGGCUUCCAACCCACCAUCCUGCGCAGCGGUGAUGUCUAUGGCUAUAGUUCAUGCACAGCCAACCCCCCAAGCCAGACGAAGCUGCAAGCCCGUGCCCCCACCCCAGCUGCCACAUCACCUCCAGCCAGUGCUCCCCGAACUGCCAUGCGGCUGCCUGCAGGCCGGGCCACGCUGCUCCCUAUGCCACUAUCUGGAAGGCUGGCCAAAGCAUCCUCACCAGCCCUUGCCAAGCAUGCUACCACCAACCUGCUGCUGAGCUCCCUGAAGCAGUCAAGUGCCAGCCGUGCCCGGGGUGCAGCAGUGGGCUUCCCUGCCCACCUCUAUCCAGGUGUCUACCCUGCCAUGCGGCUCUCUGUUGUCCUUGAGGCCCUGGUUCCACUAAAGACUCCCAUGCCCUGCUUGGGUGCCAAGCACAAGGCACAGUCACUGCAGCUCUCACUUGCAGACUCUCCCCUGAAGCUGCGCAAAGGUCCAGAGAAGAGGCAGGGGAACUCUCGGUCCAAAGCUCCCAGAAAAGCCACAGGCAAGGGCCCUAAGUGUCUGACUUACAGAGGCCCCAGGGCCAGACCCCAACAAGGCACUACACCCCGGAACAAGACCUACAAAGCCACUGGGUCCCUCAGUGGCCUACGAAUGAAAGGUGGCUCUGCUCUGGGCACCAAAACAUCCCAGGCCAAGGCAGCUCGAACACUGGCCAAAGCUGCCCAGGCCAAGGUGGCUCGAACACAGGCCAAAGCUGCCAAGGCUCGAGCAAAAGCCAAGGCAGCACAGAUCAGGGCCAGGGCCAAGGCGGCACGGAUCAGGGCCAAGGCCAAGGCAGCACAGAUCAAGGCCAAAGCCAAGGCAGUGCGGGCCAAGGCCAAGGCAGUGCGGGCCAAGGCGGCUCGGACCCAGUCCAGGAGCAGGGGCAGGCCAAAAGGGUCUGUUCAGGCCAGGACUGCGAGGAGGGGCCCAAAAAGCCGCCCUGAGACUGUGGGGCAGAAGAGGAAAAGGGCUGAGGAGGCAAAGGAUCUUCCUCCCCAGAAAAGAACACGACUUGGGCCCCGAUCCCCUAAGGCGUGGCUAGGGCCUGGAACAGCAAAGCUGCUGAAAUUCCGGGCCAUCAAGGUGGACAGGCGGUCCUCGGACGAUGAGGUGCGGCAGCGGGCUCAACGGAUCCUCCGUGUGAACCUGUCCCCUGUAAUACAGCUCCAGCCAUUGCUGCCAUACUCAGCACCCUGAUUCCUUCGCAUAGCAAUGUUUGGGGAAACUGAGCCCAGUUGUCUGUGUGGCCAGUGGCACAGUGUGCAAUGCCCAUGGAUUCUACAACCCCAAGGACUCCAGGUGCCUCUCCAGGGCCCUGAGAGCCACCAUUCUCCUUUCAGAGACUGGAGGAUAUGGGGUGGUAUGGGUGGGCGGGAGGGGUGUUCUCAUGGCGCGAUGCACUGUGAUUUGUUACUCUUCAAGUUGUACCUCCAC